CGCGCAGCCCGGCCUGAUUAUGGCGGCGGGGGCUGCGAAUCCGUGACUGAAGGCCAUUCUCUCCCUUCUUUCCGCUCGGGAUGGAGGCGGCCUUGAAGCGGGAGCUGGGCACCUCGGUGCUGCGGCCGGUGGGCCACUCCGGGGGAGGCUGCAUCAGCCAGGGAGAGAGCUUCGACACGGACCACGGGCGCCUCUACGUCAAGAGCAACGCCCGCCCCGAGGCCAGAAGAAUGUUUGAUGGCGAAAUGGCAAGUUUAACGGCCAUCUUACAAACUCACACUGUGAAAGCUCCUAAACCUAUGAAAGUUAUUGAUCUGCCAGAGGGCGGUGCUCUGCUUGUGAUGGAGCAUUUGGAUAUGAGAGGUUUAAACAGGCAUUCAGAAAAACUUGGAUCACAGUUGGCCGAUCUCCACCUUCAAAAUCAGAAGCUUGGGGAGAGACUGAAAAAAGAUGCAAACACUGUUGGUAAGGGUGAAGAACAUUCAGAUGUCCAAUUUGUGGAAAAGUUUGGGUUCCACACUGUCACUUGCUGUGGUUAUCUUCCACAGGUGAAUGAGUGGCAACAGGAUUGGGUGACUUUCUAUGCAAGGCAGCGAAUUCAGCCUCAGAUGGACAUGAUCGAGAAGAAUUCAGGAGACAGGGAAGCGAGAGAGCUUUGGGCAAAACUCCAGCUCAAGAUCCCCAGUUUGUUUGGUGAUAUGGAGAUAAUUCCUGCUCUUCUACAUGGAGAUCUGUGGGGAGGAAAUGUAGCUGAAGAUGACUCUGGGCCAAUUAUCUUUGACCCUGCAGCUUUCUAUGGCCACUCUGAGUAUGAAUUAGCAAUUGCUGGGAUGUUUGGUGGGUUCACUAGUUCAUUUUAUUCUGCUUAUCACAGUAAAAUCCCCAAAGCAUCAGGAUUUGAUAAGCGACUCAAGCUGUACCAACUAUUCCACUAUAUGAACCAUUGGAAUCACUUUGGAGGAGGUUACAGAGGUUCCUCUAUCAAUAUAAUGAAGAAUCUGGUAAAAUGAUUCCCAAUAUCAAGGUUUUAUAUCCCUAUUUGAAAAUAUAGGUGUAUACCUCACCUGUGCAUGUGUUCCAAUAGAUCCUGGCUUUGCACAUCUGAAAGACCUUGCUAUGUUCCAGGUUUAGCUUCCCACUAUUGACAUUUAUCGAAGAGCUAUUAAAGAGGUAAUGAAUCCUAGAUUUGCACAACAAGAUAUUUGCUCUUUAGAUGAGGCUCUGGAUCUGCUUUGAUAAAUGGAACUAUAAAAAAUUAUUUGGGACAGGGUAGUUCAGAGAGAAUCAGUGAAGAGGGAAAACCAAAUAAGACCUUGGAUCUGGAUUAUAUUGCUUAUCUCCUGGGUUCAUAAAAGAUAUAUCCUGAGUCGCCUUCGGGCUGAUAUGGGUGGGAUACAAAUAUCGUAAAUAAAUAAAUAUCCACAGGUUGA